GUCAUUGUGGGAACAAUACAACGGCAAGACUAUCAUUAUUUAUUGAUGUCAUAUUUCUAACUUAUUUUUCUAGGUUAACUGUAUUCUCUACUUGAAUUUAAUUUCAACUGACGUUUAACGAAGAUAUAGCUAGCUAAAUAGAUCAUUUCAAAAUAUAUAUAUAUAUAUAUAUAUACGGACUCAACCAUCUCGCUAGCUAGAUGAAAAGGGAUAUCUCUUGUUUAUACAACGUGGAUCCAUAGCGGUGUCUCUGAACAUAUACAAGACCUCUGCACGCCAAGGCAAAUUGGAAUAAUCGGGCAUUUUUUGGACAAUAUUCUUUGGAGGAAUAAAGGAAUGCUGCUCUCCAAGUUUAACUCUUUUGCUCACAUCUCAACCGUGGAUAUGCCGGCGAAAAUCCAGCUUCAAGUUCAACAAGUGAAAGAGAGGGAACCCUUCGAGAAGGUGUACCAGGUCGGCUCUGUUUUGGGCAGCGGCGGGUUCGGUACAGUGUACGCUGGCUUGCGGAUCGCCGACGGAGCGCCGGUCGCUAUCAAACAUGUGGCAAAGGACCGGGUCUCCGAAUGGGGAGAAUUGCCCAACGGCUCCCGUGUUCCCAUGGAGGUUUUGCUGCUGAAAAAGGUGGGAACGGGCUUUCGGGGUGUGAUCAAGAUGCUGGACUGGUACGAGCGUCCAGACAGCUUCAUCAUCGUCAUGGAGAGACCGGAGCACGUCAAGGACUUAUUCGAUUUCAUCACGGAGAAGGGCGCCUUGCCCGAGGAUCUGGCCAGGAACUUUUUCCGCCAGGUUUUGGAAGCGGUCCGGCACUGCCACAACUGCGGCGUGGUGCACAGAGACAUCAAGGACGAGAACAUCCUUAUAGACCUGCGAACCGGCGAGAUGAAGCUGAUCGACUUCGGAUCCGGGGCGCUGCUGAAAGACACAGUCUACACCGAUUUUGACGGCACAAGAGUAUACAGCCCGCCAGAAUGGAUCAAGUAUCACCGAUACCACGGGCGGUCUGCAACUGUCUGGUCCCUGGGAGUGCUACUUUACGACAUGGUGUGUGGCGACAUCCCAUUCGAGCAGGACGAGGAGAUCCUGAGGGGCCAGGUGCUGUUCCGAAGGAGAAUCUCCCCAGAAUGCCAGCAGCUGAUCAAGCUGUGUCUCUCACUGCGACCUUCCGAGAGGCCGUCCUUCGAGGACAUCAUCAACCACCCCUGGAUGCAGGGCUCGGUCACGCCGGCGGAGCCCACAGAGAUCAGACUCCACAGCCUCGAGCCCAUCGCCCUCUCCACGGGCAGCAGUUAACCGCGGGUCCCCCCCCACUGAGGAGGACAUUUGGACAGUAGCAGGGGAAGCGGGCGCGGUCAAAGUCUCCGCACUGAAGACAAGGAGGCCUGUGCUACAGGAUAGGGAUCGUCUGCAUUUUUUUUUUUGUUUGUUUGCAUGAAGGCAUCAUCAAGUUGGACAUUGCCGUUGCAGGCUGGCGAGAGCGAGCAGGGGGUUAAACCCUCGAAGGCAUCGAUGCUCAAACUCCGCUCCCCCCCCACCUGCACGCAGGCCCUCCUCCCAUUCAUCGCAAGAACCAAAAUGCCACGCCCACCGCAGGGCGGGGCAGCGCAGACGAAGAGCCGCAGCGGUCCCUUCCCCCCCUCUGACCGAUGCUGAGCCGACGCACCGCAUGGCCGAACGCAGAAGCUCCGCCCACACCCAGAGUGACUGCAGGGUCCCUGUCCCCUUCCCAGCAAGGGCAUGCUGUACUUCCCUCUACCGAGUAUCGCAGAAAGGACCAAGGCUGGCCAGGAGCAGCAGCAGCAGCUCUGCCUGCCAGGCAACGCUAUCAGCAGCACCAUCCAAGCUACUGCAGAUCCAGCCACGCCACUCCCUCACCGGUGUCAGGGGCAUUGAGAGGAGACGCAGACAAGAGGAGAAACAUCACGCCAAUCAUCGUACUGGACUUUAACUUUACAUGAAUAUAUAUAGUGCCUUCCAUGUGAGUUACAUCGUUGGGGACUGAGGAAAAAAUACUUGAAUUUUGAAACGAUCACUAUUAUCGCUAAACCACUAUGUUCCUUAACUGGACUUUCUUUGGCUUCCGUCUCACAUACAGGCUGGGGGGGCGGGGCAAUCCAUGACCCCCCCCCCCCCCCCA